AUGUGGAAGGUGAUGAAGCAACGCGAUGUGAUGCGUUAUGGGACUCUGGAGGAGUUUGUGACAUCCUGCUGUGAGACUGUCCCUGGCCUGCUCACAUCUAGACACCAGGCCAAGCUGGCUCUGGGGCUGAGAACACGGGUGUGUGUGGAGGAUGAUAUUGUUGACCCAUGGCCAUAAGUCUUGGGACAGUCAUGUUGUAGUAAAAAUGGGUUGCAUUCAUUUGGCACCAAACGGUUGAAAACUGACAAACAGGGAGGGACUACCUGAACUUGUCCAAUAAGAAAGGCUCAAUUUCGUUUUCCGUUGCUAUGGUGCGACUUAAUGAAUACGACCCUGUAUGUGCUUCCACUGUAUGAGCUGUCAGACUCUGUUCAGUCCCUAAUUAUCAUGUCUCUGGUAAUUUGUAGUUGAUCUUAGAGCUGUGCCAUGGCAUGGACCCACCAGAUCCAGCGGUUAUCCUUCCCCAGCUGGAAAGGAUCCGUGCCCCCACCCCAUCCUCUGCCCUGGUGAGUGACAGUCAAAUGCGGGCCUUUCUAUAAGUCAGCAGUUCUCUGUACUGCGAGACGAGUGUGGUAUUUUAAUGGUCUUUUAUCACUUCACUGCUUUGUACCCUAGGAAUGAUUUUGUGAGAAAUACAGUAUGUUUGCUGUAAGUGAUGUCUUUGCAUGCCUAUGUUGCAGAAAAAGGAUGUGAAGAUUGAAACAGCGGUGACCAACCUCCGGCACCUGGUUGAAAGCUUUCUGAAAGACCCCACAGAGCGAGCACUAUUCUACAAGGUCAGACUGCCGCUUUGUUUUAUUGUUUGACUGAGCAGCUUUUCGGGGAAGCAGGUAGCCUAGUGGUUAGAGUGGCGAGCCAGCAACAGGAGGGUUGCCCUGUCGAAUCCCGGGUCCAACGGAAAAAAUCAGUCAGGAAGUGAGCUGGCAACCGGAGGGUUGCUGGUAUCAAAUCCUAGAUGCCAUUGCCUGCUGUUGUGCCCUUGAGCAAGGCACUUAACCCCCCCAUAACAACAGCUCCCCGGGCAUGAAUGUGUCUUUCGGAGGGGUUGGGUUAAAAGCAGAAGUCAAAUUUCGGUUGGACCUUGUGUGCAAUUGACCAAUAAAGUGAUCUUAAUUAGAGACCAUUCACUGUAGCCCUCAUACGACCAUCCUGAUCUCGCGAGCUUACAUUCUGUUUCGCUAUGGUCGUACGAGGCUACGUCCACUGAGGAACUCUCAAAUUCUCUGUCCCCCUCUCGUUUACUCCCUACAGGUGGAGUUUCCGUCAGAGUAUGGCCCUCAGUUUGACCAGGAGCUGGAGAAACUGCUGUGGGAGUUCCUGCUCAGACUGGACCAGCUUCUCCCAGUGCCCAACCUGGCUCAGACGGUGUCGUGGCUCACUGAAGCCCCUCCUGUCCUGGAGGAGUGUGCACAGGCUGCCUCCCAACCCCAGCUCCUGAGGACCCUGCUCCAGCACCAGACGCUUCUGGGACACCUGGAUUCUGCAGGUGGGUCUACAGAGGGUGCGUUCCAGGCCGACUACAUUGCAGUCGCCUGCCAGAUUUCACAGUGCCUGGGAUAGAUGUUUAACAUAUCAGCUAACCUCAUCUCUUUUGUUACCUCCUAUCAGCUUCUCUCCCUCCAUGUAUGGGCGACUACCUCCUCUCAUCCCUGUCUCUCCCUCCCUCUGGAAGAGUGCAGCAAAGCGACCAAUCAGGAUCUAAGCCUGCCUCAGUUUCCACCCCAAGCCCUCUGUCUUUAACCCCAUUAACCAAUCACAGACAGACAAACUGGUCAUCGCCCGUCGCACCUGUGAUUGGCGGGAUUUGCAACGAAGACCUUCCAGUCAUGGCUUCAGCCAAUAAGAGGGCAAGAACUUGCCAGGAAGGCGUUAUUAUCCAAUCAGUUUCAAGAGAUGUGGAGGAGGACGCUGAGUCAACGGAGAGGUCAAAAUAUACAUGGGUCAUAAGCAGAGUAGAGGAAUCCGAAGAGGAGAUCAUGAGAAGGGGGAGGAGGAGGAGUGUGAGAGACGGAGGGAGUAAAAGAGUGCUCAGGAGAGGGCGUGGGGGACAGUUUGUUAGAGAUGGAGAGAAUGAAGAGGAGGAUAUGACGAGUGUUAUAGAUGGAGAGACUGAGAGAGACCUUCUUAGGGAUUGUUUGGUCCAGUUGGGGAUCGCAGACCUCAAGGUUCCGGAAGACCAUCGCAUCUAUUCUUACAUCGCAUCCUGUCUGCUCAACAAACCCAGGGUGCUCAUCCCCCGACUAACUUCCACAGACAUCACUGCACUUGUGAGGUCACAAUCUCCUCCUUCCCGCAGCAACGGGACACCAACAGCAGGGGAAGGGAGCUCUCCAUUGGGACAGAACAGUUGCCGGUGA